AUGGUUAUUAUUGAAGGCGACGCGUUCCUUGAACGCUACUUCACUGAUUUGCCUGAUAACUAUCUGAUCGCGUAUAGCGAUAGUGGCUAUACAAAUGAUCAAUUAAGCUAUGAGUGGGUAAAGCACUUCGUACAACAGAGUCAGAAGCAUACUCAAGGGGUAUAUCGGCUGCUUCUGUUCGACGGAUUUGAUUCACACUGCACCCAAGAGUUUCUAGAAGUCCUUGAGGAUCAUAAGGUUAUUGCCUAUCGCCUGCCUCCAUAUACAUCUCACUUUCUCCAACUACUUGAUGUGGGCUGUUUCCAGCCGUACAAGCACUAG